AUGUAUUACGAUGGACCAAUCGAGCCCUGGUAACAUAGAUUCCCUAGUAAAAGUAAGCAGCAUUGAACUAGAAUCGAAAUAUAGGGAGAAGCUUUCAACGUCCACUAGAGGUCUCUAUCAGUCUGUUGCUAGAGUAACUCGGUUCAUUUGUAUUCUCUUACAUUACGGAAUGCAAAUAUUCCCGUUAGUUUUAGCCAAAUGUACACUCUGUUCACCUCCCACUAUUAAUGUCUGUUGUGAGUGCAUUUAUUGUAGGCCUAGUAGUCUUUCACCAUUCACCUAAAUUCUGGUAGGUUUAAAGUUCCAUUCAAGACACUUUUUCAGCUAGGCUAUAGUACUAAACCCAUCACAACGGUUUCAUUUCAUUUAUGUACAGGAUGGUGCUGCGGUGGAUAAUAAUUCAAUAGGCUUCCGCAUGCGUAAUCACCGAGAUGAUGAGCACGUAGAGAGGGACACAUGAACUUUUCUCUGACGUGUUUCCCCUUGCUCUCUUUUCUCUUGAACACCUUCAAACAUUUCCAUCAUGAUAGAUUUGCUUGCGCCUGCCUGUUACCUAGAAUACCUUGGAGGGAUAGCCUACUGGGUUAACCACUGUAAAUGUAAUACUCAGGCCUGAACGUAAUGAAGUGUUUUUCAUCUUGUGAUCCCAUUUAAUUUAUGAAUUUAAAGGACUAUUUAUUUACUUUCACGUACUGUACUACCUAUGAUGAACUUGAUAAUUAACUUCUCUGUUUGGUUAAUAUUUAGGGUUUUGCCAAUCGUUACUGCUUUCUUUGACCCCCAAACCUGCCAUGGAACGCUUACAGAGAAUGAAACAAAGUGUUGUAUGGAGUGCCAUUCUGAUACCUAUGGACAUAAAGGUCAAAAUUGUCCGGGCGACACUGUGCCCUGGACUCGAGGACCAGAUGGAACUUGGGAUCGGUUUUCGAAUUGUAAUGAGUGUACACAAUGUGACCAUCAAGUUAACCAAAUAGAGGAGCACCCUUGCACGCCCAUUGCGGAUCGUAUUUGCGGUUGCAAAGAUGGAUACUUCAAAAUAAAACUAACAGACUAUGAUAUAACUUGUGAGAAAUGUCAGGAAUUCCAACCUGACUUCAAAUGCCCAGAGUGUGUGGAAGGAUGCCACAAUGGCUAUGUAAAUGAGACUGGAAUUUUGGACACUGGAACGCCUUGUCAAAAGCAAGACUGCAAAAUACCUCUGUGUAAAGACUCUCACAUUUGUGCAGCAGACAAACCCGCUAUUAACCUGCCCGUUUGGGUCAUUGUGAUUGUGCUGAUACUGCUACUGCUAGUGGGACUGCUGCUAAUCAGUGUCAGGCACCUUGAUCAUUGCGGGAGAAAACCCUGUUGGACUGCUGAGGCAAAAAACAACAAUUUGCCAGACCAACGUAAUGAGGACACAUGCACAAGCACACAUGUGUCCUACACAGGGGUAAAGAAAGGAGGAGGCCUUGGAAACAAUCAGUCGGCUCAAUGCUUGACAGAUCAGCCCCUGGAUCAAAUAAACAUACCCAUUCCACAGGAAAUGAUGGUAUCAGCACCUGUCCUUGAUACCCCUGUGCAGCCUUCAGAGGAAACCCAAAUGGACACGUACACCCAAAGCCUGAUCAAAAAUGAGUUAAGAGGCCACUUUUCCUCACCCAUGCUUCUGAGCAUUCAAAAUCCAUACCCUAACGAGGCUCAGGUGCUUUACACCAUCAUCAGGGAAGUGCCCGUGCGACGGUGGAAAGAGUUCCUUCGUCUGCUCUCGGUACCUGACGAGGAGAUUGAGCGUGUGGAAAUGGAGCCUAGGGCCUCCUAUCUGGAACACCAGUAUCAGAUGUUGCGUGUGUGGAGCCAGGGAAGCAAUGUGAAUCUAACUAGCAUCUACUCUACUUUGCACUCCAUGGGCCUUUCUGGUUGUGCUGACAAACUACAGGACAAACUACAGAGGGUUACAGACCACACAGCUAACUGAAUAACUGCAAUAAUAAAAAGUAUCUUUGUACAGACUUAGAUUUUAUUUUGUAUGUGUUAGUAUUUUGUUAUUAUUGUUCUCAAAUGUGUAAUACAUAUUGUAUACUGCAAGUAUUUCAGGCACAAAGAAUGUUAUGUACUGUAUAUGUAUUGGUCUCAUAUUGCUUCAAGGAACUUUUGGGUCAUCUGAAUGUGUGUAAUCCCGUUUAAAAAGUUGGCCUUCUGGUUCCUCCAGACAUCUGGUAGUAACCAUUCAGUAGCCUAACUAUCUGGUCUUGAGCAAGUAUGUAGCCUACCUAAAACCAGCUGUAUCAGAAGGUAGGAAAAAACAGUGCUUCCCAAGUCUGAUUAGCCUACCGCUGAUAUUUUUUGGCUAACAGUAAGGACCCUAAAGAUUCUUACCUGAAUAUCUGAUUCCUAUCUGAGAAACUAAAUGCCUACAUGAAGCGGCCUUCUCCCAUCUCCUGUAACUAAAUUAAGCUGAGUUGAUGUUGAAAUAAAUUAUUAAACAUA